ACUACAACCAGUGGAAAUUGCAUGAGAUACUGUAUAUAAAAUACCUACACAGAGCACAGCAUGUAUCACAACUGUUCACAGUGACUGUUAACUACAAUUGUGACAUAAAACUAUGUUAUUUAGUGUUUUGUGCUGUUUGUAAAAUCCAAGGGCCAGCUCAUCUGUUGUCGCAGUGUCAUUUUCCCUACUAGGUGGCUGGUGGUGAGAUGAUUCUGAAAAGCAGGUGAGAAGGUACUGAAGGGCAGAGAGAGACUUAGUGGGGAAAGACGAACAAGGGAGGAGAAGAGGCUGCAAGGGUCUCAGAGAGAAGACACUGAGACAUGCAGAACAUCAAACCCUCUUCUCCCUAAACAGUACUGAAAGGCAAGCAGAAACCAGAAGGAAAAAAGUGAAUGAAGAGGAUAAUGAAGAGGCCACCAACAAAAUGGAAAUGAAAGAGAUUGGUAAACACAAGACUUCAUGGAAAAUGAACUCAACCAGUCAACCUUUAUUUGUUAAUGGCAGAAAUGGCAAUCCUUUGAAAAAAUUCACUAUUCCCAAGAUCAAGAGGACAGCUGGGAAAGUUUACUUGUCACCUUGUUACACCAAUACUAGAGAGUAUAGUUUCAUACAUGAUACUCUCAACGAGCGCCGGCUUGAUGUAAGCUGUAACCUGCAGUCUUCGUGGCAGUUUGGGGAUACAAAACUGAUUCACAAUGAGGGUCUAGAAAAAAAUUUUACUUCUAAGAGGUCAGAGAUGCGUGAGAUUGGAAGGCAUGGCAGAGAACUUGAAGAACAUUUCUGCUUUUUAGCACUUCGUCAGAAGGAUGUGGCUGAGAUAUACCACAAUGGAAUAAGUACCAAAGCAUCUUCAUUGAAGAUACUAGGAAACCCUCUUCUUGGAAUUUAUAUAUUUAGACAUGUUGAUGUUGCCUUGAAUUAUGCUCAUAGUAGAAGCAUUAAUGUAGAAAGUAUUAUCAUGUUUAAGGUUCUUUUUGGGAAAGUGAAGAAAAUUCAGCCUUCACUAGAUAAAAGCAAAGUUUCUUUGGAUCCUUCUCCUAAUUUUGACUGCCAUAUGUCAAGAAAUACACCUUCUUUGAAGGAUACCAUUGAACUACAAGCCUACAGUUCAGCAGUAUACUUGUAUGAAUAUAAUAAUCUUUCACAGCCAGUAGAUAAACCUAGGCAGUGUCUUCCAUAUGCAAUAGUAACAGUAAAAUUUAUUGGUCAAAAAGUAGAUAAUGGACACUUUAUGACAUCUUUGAGAUCCUUCUCAACAGGAUUUCCUAAGAAAACUGAAAGAACAUGCUCUCUGAAUAACUGUACAGUGGCCAAAAGAAUUGGAAAAGGAAAAGAUGCUACUGUCAUCUUUGAGCAUUUCAGGAAACCUAUAGAUCCAUUUGUUCAGGAAAACUGUUUAUGCGAUGCAUCAGAUUCAGAGAUAAAUCCUUCCAACUCAGAUAUUUCUAAUUGCUAUGGAAAUACACAAAAUGGAAACAUUUCUGUGCUUGAAACAUACAGUGGACAUAUGGAGUACAAUUCAGCAGAAUGCAGAGAUACUUCUCAAUUACUUGCAUGUGAUUCAGGCUAUUCAUUUAUUCCCAGUAAUACCAGAGAAAGUGUUAAUAAUGGUGACCUCCUAAAUUUGACAUAUCUUAAUGCUAUUUUCAGUACUCUUGCUGCUGCUUUUCCCUUUCAUAACAAUACUGACUCAAGCACAGUUAUCACUUCAAAACUCAUCAAAGACCCAAGACUGAUGAAGAGAGAAGAAAGCAUGGGAAAACAUAAUGCUGUUACAGGUUUAAGUGAGAUUUUGCCAUUUGAGAAGAGUUUAGAUUUUGUUAAUUCAGAAAUAAACUUGUCAUCUAUGCCAGCUAAUCCUGCCUCCACAUCUGAAGGCAUGCCUGGUGAUCAGACUGUUACUAAUUGUUUGGAUGCCUCUUGCUUCAGAAUUUCUUUGGAUGACUCACAAACCCAGGCUCACAACCUGGGCUCUAAGACCUAUGAUUGUACAGCUCCCAAUACAAUUACCAUGGCAGGACAAUGUGAGAACCAGGAUGAUUUUUCCUUCCCAAUGUUUUUGUCAAAUGUAGUUUCAGAAGUUGAAAUCCAAAAACACAAGGAAGAAAAAGCUCAGAGAUCCCAGCAGAGAGACACCAUCCCAUUUUUAACUGACGAAAGCAGUGAGUCACAUGACUCUUAUGAAUCGGUGAAUAUUUGUACAGACAAGUACAGUGGUCCCAUCUCUCCAGAAUCACAGUUUUCUAAUUUUAAAACUGUAUAUGAGACUGGUCACCAAAUGUCUACACUUCUUCCACUCCAAAGUGAAGAAAGCAUACAUGAGUACAUUCAAAAUACUGGAAAGAUGAGAAACUUCACUGAGCCAGAAGACAAUGCCAAACAUGAAGAAAAGCAAAGUUUGUGGAAAGGAAGUGAUCAUUCUUUUACUAAUAAAAGAAUAGAUAAUUACAUUUCUUUGAACCAAGACAACAAAGAGGAUGAGAGUCUUGAUUAUUUGCAGGAAAAUUGUGAUCAAAUAUUAAUUACUCAGGGAUUAGAAAAACCAAAAUCUUUGCCAUUUACCACAGAGGAGAAGUAUGAGCUAGGUCACCUAGCAUUGGAAAUACAAAAUAAUCUUACUCCAAGAGUGGAGAAACUUCCACAGAAGCCUCCUAAAAACUCUUUAGAGUAUAAAGAUAACAUUCAUACAAAUUUUACCAUUUCUCAAAAACUAAUGGAGCUGAAAUUGGAAAAACCAGAUCAAAACUGUGUUAGCAUUACGGCUGAUGCUUUCCAGGAAGCAGAAGACAUGCCCCAGACCACACAACUGCCAGCUGUUACUUCAUGUCAUGAUAUUAAAACAGCUCAUGAUGCAAAUUGCCGCACAGCUAGAGAAUAUAUAUGUGUUCAAAGGAGAAAUGAAUAUGAUCCAGUGUCCCUAGAAAACAUUCAAAGAGACUGCAAAGAAACUCCUCUAAUUAACAGUAAAGGUCAGCGUCAUACUCAGUUCUGUAUUGCACAGUUGAACAGUGGUGUGCACCUGAAUACUGACUUCAGAGAACAAAGAGAUAAUGAUCAAGAAAGCCAGAAUGAGGCUGAAAUGGAGGACAUUGCUUCAUCUAUAGAAAACAAUAUAGGGAAUAUAUAUGGAGAUGGGAAGCAGAGUUUUCAGACACACAAAACAAAAUUUUUUACCAACAUAGAUGAAAGGAGGGUGAAUAAAGAUGACAAUAGCAUUGAAAUUCUGAGUUCUGAAGAAUUUUCUACUGCUUUUAAGUUAACUAGUGGAAAAAAACAUGUAUGCACUGAGUCUACAUCAUUAGAAAAUGAAGAUCCCAUUACCGCCAUAAAAGAAAAAGAUAUUCAGAAUACUGAAAGGACUGGAGAGCAUUUGACUUCCACAGCAUUUCUUCAGAUUGCAAGUUCUUCGGUACAUGUAGCCUCACAUGCUGCAGUUGAGAUAGCCGAUGCUGCAAUGCCUGUGGUAAGCACAAAUCCUGAAGAUCACCAAAGAGGCCAGUUUAAAGACACUUGUUCUGAGAGUCCAGAUUUUGGUUUGUUAAGCAAACUUGAGGUUUCUGCUUCUGAAAUAAAUACAGAUAAAAAUCGAUUCCACAACUCAUUUUAUCGAACAGUAAGUGACAACUCAGUUCUUCAUAGUUUCAAAUUGGAUAAUGAGACUGAAGUAGGAUCAGAAGAGAGUGAUGAUGCUUUUCCUGUGAGUAUUCCACAGGAUGCUCAUAGCCAUGGAAAUGUACUUUAUGAAGAAUUCGAGGACUCCUAUGAGGCUCUGAAGUCUCGCAUCGAUUGGGAAGGUCUGUUGGGAAGCAGUAAUGGGGAGAUGGAAGUUUUGAAAAGCACCACAAGAGGUGAGAAUCAGGACCAGCAUUGCUCUGAGGAACACAGUUGUGCUUCUUCCUCUACACAAAAUGAUGAAGCAGAGCUCGUCCAACCAAUUUUACUUCCUGAUCUUCAAGUUACGAUUACUAAUACAUUUGUGAAAGGAUUCAGUCCUUCUGUUGAGUCCCUUGCAUCGGAAGAUGAUUUCUGCAGAUAUGUAACUGAAGCCACAAAAUCAGAAAUAAAUGAGGAGGAGGAAGAAGUUCUAGAAUUUGAUAUUCAUUCUCAGUGUUCUGCUGAAAAUUCAGAUCAUCCCUCUGAAAGUGAAUUUGGUAAUAUAAGGCAAGAAUCUGGACUAGCAAGUAAAUCUGAAACCUCACUUUCUUUGGACUUGAGUCAUAAUAUGCAUGUGACUCACAUGUCUGAAAAACAAAACAGACCUUUGCUAACUGAACCUUCUGAUGUCACAACAGUAAACAAGGAAAACAGAUGUUCCCUGACAGAGUCAAAAACCAGUGGUGCUGAUACUAGAAGUAAGAAGGAGACAGAAUCAAGAAUUGGCAAAAGAAAGCCCUGUACAUCUUUCAGGGACCAGAACAUACCAGAUAAAAAUUUAAGACAUCACAAAAUUUGUGAGAAGAGGAGGAAGCUAACAAGUCAAGACUCAUUGGAAUGUUUUUUUUUGUUAUCCCAAGAACGAAUUAAAACCUUUUCACAGUCAGAAAAACACAUUGGGAGUGUCCUGGAUAUUCUAAAUAGAGAAGCAUCUUUACGCAAAAGCCAAUGUCUUUCCAAAAAACUUGACAGAGCCAUUCUUCACUUAAAAGAUGCUCACAGAAGAGUUCCCAUGUCUUUGCAGCUGAUAACUGAAGUGGAAGAAAAAGGAGGGGGCCCUUUACCAAGAGCAUAUGCAGUAAUAUGCAAUAGUUUCUGGGAAAGUUGUGACCUUCAAGGUUAUAGUUCUGUGUCUGAAAGAGGGUAUUAUUCUACUAAGUAUUUUCUGUCAAAAAGAAAAUACAAUAUACCUGGAGAGAAUAGAGCUUUGGGAUUUGAAGUUGAUAAAUCAUUAACUCAUGUAUCAAAGCACAACUUUUAUAGAACAAAUAGAGAGAGACUCACAGAGUGCCUUUCUGAAAAUGUGUCCGGUGUCUCCAGUAGUCACACAACAAUUCACAUGAGAGAGUAUUGUGAUCAAGUGUGUCCAGAAUCACAGUUAGCCCUGUGCUCCGUGUCUCAAAGUACAAGUCAGUCAGCUUAUACUAACAGCAGUGUGAGAAAUCCCAAAUCAUCAGAACUUCAGCCCUUUUCUAGAAAAACCGGAUGUCUCUUUUCCCCAGACUGCCCAGAUGAGAAACUAACUAAAAAAGAAAAUGAAACUGAUACAGAGUUUUCAUCUAACAUUAGUAAAUAUGAAAAACUUGAGAACCAUUCAGCACUUGAUAAUAAUCAGUAUACAACAAAAGUAAACAAUUCUGAGGCUAAAGAAAUAAUAAGUAAAAGGAAUUUGAUGUCUUUAAGUUGCAUAAAAGAAAACAACAUAAGUUUUAGUGUGGACCAAAAUUAUGAUGCAACUUGUAUAGCCCACACAAAAGUGGAAACUGACGUAGUUAUUUCCGUCUUAGAAUCAGAGGUGAAGCAUUUUUUCAACAUUGAUACCUACAAACCAAAUAACCGUAUUUUAUCUGGUUAUAAAGGAAACCUGGAGGUAAAUUUUCCCAUAGAAAAAUGGACAACUCCUAAGGAGAUCUCCAAACCAGGAAUUAUUACAGGAAACUUCCUUAUGGAUCCAUUAAGUCAAACUCGGAUAACAAGCAAAAAGUCUAACAGUAUUCCUCAAUUGUUAUCAGCCGCUCCAGCGACAGACAGUGAGGGAGAAUCUUCAAAGUCUUCCAUGGCUAAACAGAGCAUUACUGCUGUAGAUUUUCCAGCAGUGUCUACCAUUGCACCACACUGUCUGCAAGGAUGUGGUGGAAACGAACUUCAAAAGACAGAAUAUUGCUCUUCAAGUAAAUGUGUUCAUAUCGAUGGGGAUGAAACAAAUGUUGAGAAUUCUAAGGUGACUGUCACAUCAGAAACCGAAGAAAGUAAAGACAGUGAGAGGAAGAAAGUAUUUCCCGAUGAUAGUUUUCUGGUCAUAAAAGAUAACAUAAAGGGCUCUUCUUCCCAAGAAGGUAUUGCAGAGAAAGACAUUCAGGAUGGAAAAAUGUGGAAAGAUAAACAAGCAGAAAAAGGAAAGGAUUCAGUUCCCAUGAACAUGACUGAAGGAUCAAGUGUUAAGACUGAGUACAAAGAUCAAAAGAAUAAGAUAUUAGAAGGCUCCUCCUGCUUAAGUGAGAAAACGAUGAAAAACAACUUGAUUGAUUCUCGUGUAAAGAUUAAAAAGGCUACUGAGGCAGUCUCUUUAAGAAACAUUGCUUCUAAUCAGCGUAACAAAAGAAAGAAGGAGGGAAAAGUUAGCCAUGACCUUCAGUGUGACUCCUCAUUACCUUCAGAAGUAGCCUGUGACUCCAAACCAGGCAUUACAGGGAGGAAUUGUAUGCCUCAUCUGCGUGGCCAGUCUGAACCUUCCAAAGUCUCUCCUCCUCUGAAGAAGAAGUCUACGUCAUACAUGAAUGAAUUCAAAGAAAAACAUUGUCCAAGUAAUAAUUUGGCUCCUACAGUUAAGCUCACUCAAAUUUUGAGGAGGGUAGAUGAAACGUCAUCUGUACAGAUUCUGCAGGAAGAAAGUGAAGUUUGUCAAAAUCUUCUUCCUUUGUUUGUUGACGCUUUUGAAAGAAAACAAAAAUGUUCAUUUAAACAAAUCUUGAUUUCAAGAGACCUGUUGGUAGAAGAAAACCUGUGGUGUAACUGCAGACACAGAUUAAAACCGUGUGCUAUUGACUCCUUGGUAGAACUCCAAAUGAUGAUGGAAACUAUUCAAUUCAUUGAAAACAAAAAAAGGCUCCUGGGAGGUGAACCAACAUUCCGGAGCUUGCUCUGGUAUGAUGAGACACUGUACAGCGAGCUGCUUGGCAGACCGCGUGGAUUUCAGCAACAAUCCAGUUUCUAUCCGGCUUUUCAAUGCAGAUUAAAAUAUAAUGCCUUCUCUGAGCUGCGAAGCUAUCAUGAUCAAUUAAUCGAACUGUUUGAAGAAACCAAAAGGGGAAACAAUUCAUACUACGCAUACUUAAAAUACAAGCGACAAAUUGAUGAAUGUGAAGCAGUAAUGAAGCAGUGUUCAGAUUGCUUUGACUUUUCUCUUUCUGUGCCAUUUACCUAUGGAGUUAACUUUGGAGAUAAUUUAGGAGACCUAGAAACCUUGAGGAAAAGUACAUUAAACCUGAUCAGUAUGUAUGGGGACUAUUCCCAAAUUGAUUCCUGUCCAGGAAAACAAGACCAUCUGUGGAUUAUCUUAGAAAUGAUCUCCUCAAAAGUUAAUUUUAUCAAGAGCAAUGAGACAGUAAAUAUUAAAAUAGCUCUUUAUGGUCUGGAACAUAUCUUUUUUGAUGCUUCAAAAAGUCUUGUUUGGAAAGAAAAGAGACAGUCUUUCUGCAAAAAAUACUCAGAAAGGAACAAAGAAAUGGUACUUAGAAUGAAUCGAUGUGCAGUUUCUAAGUUGCAGAAGAUAUAUGAUACAUUGUCUAAAGAUUUAAGCAGUGAACAAAUUUCCACUAUUGGACUUGAGGAGAAUUCAGUGAUUGCUUCCAGAGAGUCCAAUGCUGUAGUAAACAAAGCAACAAUUAGCAUAGAAAACUCUAGGCUUAAUGGUACUUUGCCUUCACAUCCAGAUAUCUGUUGUGUUAGUGAAAUACUAGAUCAAGCUGAAUUUGCAGAUGUGAAAAAAUUACAGGAACUCACUUUGAGAUGUACUGAUGACUUAGAAAUUUUAAAAAAAUAUUUUCAGUUGCUGCAAGAAGAAAACACAGAUGAUAUUUUUAUCACUGAAGAAAAUAGUUUGUACAUGAUGGAAAACUACAGCCAUAAGGCAGUAAUUUUAAAACCUGAGGCCAUUGAAACCUAUAUUGAAAUCGUCAUGCUCUCAGAAACAAUUCACUUUCUUAAAAACUCAGUGGCAAAGAAACUAGACAAGCAGAGGUUUCGAAGUAUGCUUUGGUUUGAUUUGUCACUUCUUCCUGAACUGGUUGACUGCCAAGAAAAAAUGACUUCUUUCUCAUUUCUAAAAGGUAAUCCAACAGAUUGUCUUUGGAAGGUGAUAGAGACUUCUAUUUCUGAGCUUAAGAAAGAUCUGGAUAUUAUCUACAAAUAUAAUGAAGCUGUUAACUGCUCCUAUGCUGUUUGUUUGCUGUCAAGAGAACUUGAAGAACUUUCAGAAAUAAAAAACCUUCUUACGAAGUCGGAGUAUUCCAUUUCCACAUACAUCAACUUUGUGCCAUAUAUAGCAUCCAUAAAUUAUGGAAGCACUGUGACAGAAUUAGAAUACAACUACAGUCAGUUUUCCACACUGCUUGGAAGUAUAACAGCCACCCCUCGGAAGGAUUUAGGGAAAAUGGUCCAUAUUACAAAAGUCAUGAAAACGAUUGAACAUAUGAAGAUAAUAUGUGUUAAAAAUGCUCAGUUAACCAUUUCCUUUAUCCUUUGCCAAAUGCUGCACAACAGAAAGAAGACUUUCCAACCAAAGAGAAAGAAAAAUGCGAAUAGUCAUAUAAAAUGUAGGACGAGUAUCAAAAAGUCCAGUACCUGUGAGAAGGUGCCUUUAGUUUCAGAAUACACAAUUAAAAAUGUUUCAAAUUCCUCUAAAAAACGACCUAUCACUGUAGACAAAUGUGGAGACUCUCAGGAACAAGAGAAACAUACUGCUGUUCCCAGUUGUAAAAAACAAAAGGUUAGCAUGAAACAUGUCACAGAAAUCAAAAGAGAAAAGUCAACAUUCAAGCAUGCAAGCAGCGGCGAUGGCAGUUCCACCCCCCAGACAUACCAGGGAGUAACAUUCUAUGAAGUACAGCCACCUGUUCCUGGGAUGUUGACUGCAGUUACAAGUAAUUUUCAGAAUACCCCUUCUCAUCUUUUGUGCUCUCAAUAUUUUGGAUACUUGGCUGGGGAACCACAAGCAAAUGACUUUGUGCCAGUGAAUGACUAUUUCCCACCUCAAAUGCCUGUCUACAAUUUUCAGCAGCCAGUUUUUUCACAGUAUACUCCCCAUCAACCAUUUACUCCGUACCCUUGCUCUCCUGAUUUAGAUGUGCUUCUAGAAGUUCCUUGGACUUACGGUCCAUGCCAUCAAGAACCCUUUGAGCCAGGACAUUGAGAAUUGUCUUCUGUCUACUGAAAUAAAGGGGGUUUAACAAGUUUAUCCAAGUAUUUUUUUACUUACGUAUUUUUUAUUUUUAAAAUUUAAAAAUAUAUGUCAAUUAGUAAGAAAUUAUAAACAUUACAACCUUGAUAAAACAUUUAAAUGCAAUAGUAUAUCAUAUAAUGCAAUAAGAAAUCAACCUCUGACAUCUAAAUGCCAAAAGAAUUUCCAUUUAAUUUUGUGAACUGCCUACUAGGCUAUUUUCAGUACUCACCUAGCUUUCAGAACCAAUAACUAUAUUGUGAAAUUUAUUUUUUGAGAUGUUGCUAUUAGAGCUGUUACAAUUAUAUAAAGAAUCUCUUUGGGAUUAUGCUAACAGAAUAAGGAGAGUAAAUGUAACAUUUAAUAUGAUUAAGGGUAAGUAAUAGUAGUAAUUCUUGAAAAGAUUUUUGUCUCUGAUAUUUUUUGAUACAAAUUUAUGGUAGUGUUGUGCCAUAUGACUUAAGUAUUUUUUUUACUUAGAUCAGUCAUUAGACCAAUAAUUUUAUAAUUUUUGAAACUUCAUAUAAUUUAUCAGUCUAAUAUGAGAAAUACCUUUAAUUUCAAUAUUUUCUAAUUUUAACUGGCAUAAUAUAUUUUAACAGAGAAGGAGGUUUGCAUAUUUUCACUGUUUGUCCUUGAGUAGAGACUUUAAAAAUCUUUAUGUUAGAAGCAGUUUUAGAUCAUGAUAUUGAAAUUUAAAGCACAUUAACACCUUCUUCCAGAAGAACCUUUUCUACCAGAUUCUUUUUUAUUUGUAUUUUAUAAUUGAAACAGCUCUUCUAGUGAUUUUAUAGCAAAUAAUGGGGAUAAUGUCUUUAGCUUUGUGCCAUUAGUUGAGUUAUAUUUCAGUAGUUAAAUAAUGCAACACAAGUUUUUUAAUGGUGUGAUCAUAGAUUAUUUUUUUCCUUUUCAACAUUCCACGAAAGUAAAAAGUAUUUGAGUAAUAAUCAUCAUUAAACAACAGGGCUUAGUGUGUUCAGCAAGUGCUCUGCCCACCAACAACCAUUCCCUGUCUCUGUAAGAUCCAAGUCAGAAAGAUCCCUCACAACUGGAUAGACUUUCCCAAGUCUGAAAGUCAAAGCAUUAGUCGCCCAGUUGCAUCCAACUCUUUGCUACCCCAUGGACAGUAGCCGGGCUACUGUCUGUGGAAUUCACCAGGCAAGAAUACUUGCUAGUGGGCAGCCAUUCAAUUCUCCAGGGGCUCUUCCCCACCCAGGGAUUAAACCCAGGUCUCCCACAUUGUAGGCAGAUUCUUUACUAUCUGAGCCACCAGGUAAGCCCCUUCCCAAGUCUAGUGGGCCCUAAAAUGUGGUAAAGAGAUUUGCAUUGGCUAAAUCUAAAUAACUAGCAAAGCUAAAGUGUUUUUUCAACUUUUUUUUUUUUUUGGCAACCUUUUUAUGUUAGCUUACUUUUUAUGUUAUCUAGUAUAGGUAUCCAAAGAGAGUGUGAUUCAGCCAAAUUUAUUGUAGAGUAGCUAAUUUUUAAAUUUAGAAAAACACUAAGAUCUUCCAGGGUAAGUCUCAGUAGUCACAUUAACCAAAUAAGAUGGAAUUCAGAGUAUUUCAGGGUUCUUCUUUAACAAAUAGAUUUUAAAAGGGGAAAGUCAAGCAAAGAACUGCAACUGAAACAGGAAUUAGAAAAAUACUCUAGAACUAAAGUAGUACAAAAAUAACAUAAAUGUUUUGCCCAGAUUAUUGAUAUAUUUGGAAAAAUUCUGUAAAAAUCAGAACUCCUGAAAAGGUAUUAAAGUAGUAAUAUCAGCUGUUUUUCAAAGAAUGACUUUGCUUUUGCCAUUUGUUUAAUGUUUGGUUAGGGAAAGAUGUUGCAGAUUUAUUAUUAAAAUUUUUUCUAUUAGGUUAAUCAAAAAUUCAGUAUUCUGAUUAAAGAUACUUUCUUUAAACAACUCGCAGAUUUUGUUGAAUAUUGGCUUUGUGAUAUUUUUAUUUCGUGAGUUUUAAUUUCUUGCAAAAAGUAAUGAAAAAAACCUUGUAAACAUUGAGUUACAUUUUAAAACCUGCACUUUGAAACAGAACAUGAAAAAAUGAAGCAUUUCUUCCCCUCAAGUUUGUGUUUUGGCUCUAAAAAUAAAAAUAGAACAAAUUAAAGUUUGAGCAAGCAUUAUUAAUGAAAAACUGCUUGUCUAUAAAUAUCAUUGUCUUGGAACUUGAAGAAUUAUAUGAAUAAACUGAAUUCCUUCUA